AUGACAACCAAUUAUUUGGACUACGACAACCUAAUUUUAGACCAUAACCAAGUCUGCAACAUUGACAAUAUAACGUCUUUCAGCCAAGUCAUCCUUCCUUCCCUCUACAGCAUUGUCUUCAUUGUGGGAUUCGUUGGCAAUGGCCUGGUGUUGUGUGUCCUUGCCAAGUACCACAAAAGGUUAAAUAUGACAGAUGUGUGCCUCUUCAACCUGGCCCUUUCAGACCUCCUCUUCCUGAUCUCAUUGCCUUUCUGGGCUCACUACGCUGCCAUCUCUGAGUGGACCUUCGGGAGCUUCAUGUGUCAUGCAGUGACAGCGCUCUACAUGCUGGGAUUCUAUGGAAGUAUCUUCUUCAUGAUCCUUAUGACCAUACAUCGCUACGCCAUUACUGUUCAUGUCCAUACCUCCCACAUCUCUAAGCACCGGUCUGUCAGAGCUAGCGUAAUGCUGGUUUUGUUUAUGUGGGCACUUAGCUUGGGAACCUCUCUGCCAACCAUCAUUUUCUCCAAAGCGAAUAAUAUAUCAGGGGAAUGGACAUGCAGGGGGGAAUACCCACAAGGAACAGCAUGGAAGUCAUUCUCUUACAUUGAGCUGAAUGUCCUAGGCUUGAUUAUUCCUCUCUCAGUGAUGGUGUUCUGCUACUCGCGUAUCAUCCCCGUCUUAAUGGCGAUGAAAUCUCAGAAGAAACACAAAGCUGUCAAGCUCAUCUUUGUCUUAGUCACUGUUUUUUUCCUCUUCUGGGCGCCCUACAAUAUUGUCAUCUUCCUGAAGUUCCUGCAUCACUUGGGCUACAUGAACACCUGUCAGUGGCAUCAGGACCUGAGCAUGGCUAUGCAGUGGGUGGAAACCAUAGCGUUCAGUCACUGCUGCCUCAACCCCAUAAUCUACGCCUUUGUGGGACAGAAAUUCAGGAAUUUAGUUCUCAAGAUCCUGAAAGAGUGGUUUCCUGUUUGCUUUGGUCAGUGCACAACAAUCAUCAGUGAGUUCUCAGAGAGGAGGAGUGCUAUGUCCUCACAUUCCCCAAAACUUUUCAGCACAAAGAUUGUGUAGCCAAAACUAGGCAAAAGUGCAGCAGUUGAAAUGCAUUUUUGUUUAGAUUAUGCAUACUUUAUAUGUUUAGUUCUCCAUUUCAUACUGAUUCUCCACAUACAGACCGAUGAGCUCAUUUUAAGCAUAAUCUACUGAAUCUAAAUACAGCUCUUUAAGGAUAUAUAAUCGCAUUACAUUAGUAUUAUUACAUUUCAUCAAGUCUUCUCGUCUUUCACUUGUCCUAAUUGCACA